AUGUCCUCAGAUAGGAUCUUCACCGACGGAGAGAGCUGCAAGGCUGAGUGGCACAAUGCAUCUGCGGGCUACAAUGAGGCUGACACCCACCUGGAAAUCCUGGGCAAACCGGUCAUGGAAAGGUGGGAGACCCCCUACAUGCACAGCCUGGCUGGGGUAGCUGCAAGUAAAGGAGGCCGAGUGCUAGAGAUCGGCUUUGGCAUGGCAAUAGCAGCCACUAAGGUAGAAGAAUAUAACAUAGAGGAACAUUGGAUUAUAGAAUGCAAUGAUGGAGUAUUCCAGCGGUUACAGGAAUGGGCCAAACAUCAAACACAUAAGAUCGUCCCACUGAAGGGGCUUUGGGAAGAUGUAGUGCCAACAUUACCAGAUGGCCACUUUGAUGGAAUUCUCUAUGACACAUACCCUCUCUCUGAAGAAACGUGGCAUACACAUCAGUUCAACUUUAUUAAGGGUCAUGCACAUCGCCUUCUCAAGCCAGGGGGUGUCCUCACUUAUUGUAACCUGACGUCUUGGGGAGAGUUUCUGAAGACCAAAUACACAGAUAUCGAAAAAAUGUUUCCGGAAACACAAACACCUAAGCUUAUGGAGGCUGGAUUCAAGACUGAAAAUAUCAGCACCACAGUAAUGGACCUAAUACCCCCUGAAGAAUGUAGAUACUACUCCUUCCCCAAGAUGAUCACACCCACCAUUAUAAAGGCCUGA